UAUUAUUUAUUCGAUGACAUCCACAAAUUCAUUGUGAGAGCCUAUAAAAUAUAGUCAAGAUAGCGGAGUCGGCUCUUUCAACAAUGAGACCAACGUUGUGGAAGGUGGUCUUGUUCGCGCUGUUGGACCGGGACCAGCCCCGCCGAAAGCGCAGGUCUGUGUGGAUCCAGAGAUGGUUAAAGUCCCGAAAGCAGGCAGGGGAGUUCCACCGUCUAAUUCAAGAGCUUCGACUGUUUGGAGAGGAAUUCCGAAGUUAUCUUCGUCUGGACCGAAGCCAGUUCGAUCACCUGCUCCAGAUGGUUGGAGCCAGGAUCGCCCGGAUGGAUACCAACUACCGGGAGUCCAUCAACCCAGUUGAACGCCUGGCGAUUUGUCUCCGAUUCUUGGCGACAGGGGACUCCUACAGGACCAUAGGAUUCAGCUUCCGAGUUGGACGGUCCACGGUGGCAGGCAUAGUUCCCUCUGUGGCACAAGCCAUUUGGGACUGUCUGGCUGGUGAAUACCUGCCUGUCCCCAAGGAGGAAGACUGGAGGGCCAUCGCUGCCGAGUUCCUGGAGAGGUGGAAUUUCCCCAACUGUCUUGGCUCCAUUGACGGGAAACAUGCAGUAAUCCAGGCUCCACCGUGCUCAGGUUCGCAGUUCUACAACUACAAGGGUACAUAUUCAGUUGUACUCUUGGCUGUGGUAGAUGCCAUCUACUGUUUCCGUGUUGUCGAUGUUGGUGCUUACGGCAAGGGAAGUGAUGGCGGGACCCUCUGGGACUCUGCCUCUGGCCAGGCACUUCAGGAUGGCACCCGAGUUGGACGGAUAUAGGUUAGUUGUUGAAUUGUUGAAUGCGCCUUUGGGAUUCUGGCAGCCCGGUGGAGAAUGUAUCAGAGAGUGCUUGGUCUCAGCCCCUCAAAUGUUGAUGCCUGCGUGAAGGCCACAUGUGUUCUCUAUAACUACCUGCGGAGGUCAUUCCAGGAGCCGCUGACCAAAUGGUCACCUUCCUGAUGUCACCAGGGCAGGUGCCAACAACGCCCCAAGACAGGCACUCCAGGUGAGGGAGAAGCUGACCACCUACUUUUCAUCACCAGCAGGUGAAGUCCCAUGGCAUUAUGCCGUGGAGUGAAACAGCUCUUUUAAGAGCCCCAUAACACAGAGGUUAUUUUAAGAACCAUCCACCAUUGUCCAUAAAAUUGCAUUUUUCAAUUUGGGAGUAAAGACCACACCUUAACCCCUUCUCUCUCCCAUUAACGUCAGUAUUAUACACACCUGGCAUGGUACAUCAGGUGAGCGGGAGCACUAAUUAAGGUUAUACGACAUACAGUUAGUAUGAUAACAAAGGGAAAGGGUAACCUAGGGUCCAUACAAAUAGUACAGUUUACCACCAUGUUCACUGGCCUGACAAAAUACAGGUGGGAAAAAAAUCAAAUUAGGAAGAGAAUGUGCUUUUACUCUCAUCUUGUCUUAGAUCAGCAAAGGUGUAGGGAAGAAAUAAGCAGAUUAAGUCUAAAUUAGAUAUUAAUAAACAACUGACUAUGAAAACAUUAUAAUUUAAUA